UUCUUCGAACCAAACUUCAUAUUUUGAUCAAAAUAAUUUGUUAGUCCACAUUUCUCCUCCAAAAACCAGAGCUGAGAACAAAAUGGCCGAGCAGCUAACGGGGGAGCAGAUCGCCGAGUUCAAGGAAGCCUUUUGCCUCUUUGACAAGGACGGCGAUGGCUGCAUCACCACCAAAGAAUUGGGGACUGUGAUGAGAUCUCUGGGACAAAAUCCCACUGAAGCUGAAUUGCAAGACAUGAUCAAUGAGGUUGAUGCUGACCAGAAUGGCACAAUUGAUUUUUCUGAAUUCUUGAAUUUGAUGGCAAGGAAGAUGAAGGAUACUGAUUCUGAGGAGGAACUAAGGGAAGCUUUCAAGGUGUUUGAUAAGGAUCAGAAUGGCUAUAUUUCUGCUGCAGAGCUUCGACAUGUAAUGGCAAACCUUGGAGAGAAACUGACCGAUGAAGAAGUGGAUGAGAUGAUUCGCGAAGCAGAUGAAGAUGGUGAUGGCCAGGUGAACUAUGACGAGUUUGUCAGGAUGAUGCUUAACAAAUGAAUGUAUGUUUUGGAUUCUGAUCAUGGUAGGGAUUGGUUGUUGGAGAAUCAGUUGUAGUAUGUUGGCAUUUGGACAAGAUGGGAUUUGCUUUUCUAUUAGGUUGAAGUAACAUGGCUUCACUGCAGAAUUAUGAAAUGUUGUGAUUGAAAUUGAUAGAAUCAAUGACAAAAGCAAUGGCUUCAUAGUUGCUUGUGAUA